AUGCCCUGGAGUUCUGUGCCCAGAGUGACCCUCAACUUCAUCGGGUUUCCCUCGAGCAGCAGCCAGACUACCGGCGAUAUACCACCAGCCCCUGCUCGACGAGUAAUUGCUGAGCUUCCGGCGGCCUCUGAGCGCCGUCCCCUGUCCAUCCAGGACUAUCUCGUGCAAGUCAAGCAAGAGCAUCUACCCGAUGACAACGGGAUUGACCCAAACAAGGCCGUGCUCUACACGGGCGAUUUCGUGGCCAUACCCAAAGCCAGCGCCGUCGGCAUCCUCCGAGACGGCGACCACUUGAUUGUUGCAGCCUACGGCGGCCCUACAGGCAAAGACAAGCGCGGAGCCGACUCCCACCAUGAUGAUGGUGCCAAGUCGAAAAGCCGGGGCGAUGAGUCGGCAAAACCCAAGAUUCGAGACGAUAGAAAGGCUAGCUAUGCAUACGAUUCUCACGUUCGCAGUUCGGACGAUGAGAUGCAGUCUCACCGAGAGAGAGACCGUGAUGGCGGUCCGACGGAUACCAAAGGCACUCGGCACUACGACGAGCGAAGUCGGCACGAUAAGGACGAUGACCGUGGAUACGACCGGAACGACCGGAACGACCGCGCUAGUGAACGAGAUCGAGGAUACGACGGCGACAAGGACAGAGAUCGCGAAAGGGAUCGUGGCGAGAAAGAUCGGGGUGAGAAAGACCGGGAUCGGGACAGGGACCGCGAUCGAGACCGCAGCGACAAGGAUCGCGGCGAUAAGGAUCGAGACCGAGACCGAGACCGGGACCGCAGUGAUGGCUACGACGACAGAAAAAAGAAGCCGUCGGGUGGGAAGAGCAAGUACGACGACGACGAGCCGUAUGAGCUGGUGGACACCAAGAGACUUGGGGCUAAGCCCGACCGCACCCGGCAUGAUGCUGAUGACCGCAGCCACUCCAAGCUGCCGAUCGAAGAAGAGGGCGACUAUCGCGGACGGGACUCUCCCAAGAAGACCUCCAAAGCCGACUACGAUUCGCACAGCACCGAGUAUGCGAAACGGCCGUCGGCAACAACCCGACCAGCAGCCAGCAAUACACAUGAAGGCGAUCGUGACCGUGAGACAGGCAGUCGAGGACGCCGAGCAUCAUCGCCAGGUCCGUCCAACAUGAAGCCGGGCAGCGAGUCGCCGCCUCUCGACAAGGCCCAUGAAUCGUUUGCCAAGAACUCUGGAAGCAAGGACAGCUCGAAAAGUCCAUAUCCAAAUCCACCAAGCUCCAAGGAGUCUCACUCUCGUUCAGCAUCUAUAUCGCGGCGUGACGACGAUCGACCGCCAAAGCUUGGGAGCUCUGUUCAGUCAGCACAGACCACUGGUUCAUCGAAGACGAUCGAGCGAAGGCCCUCGCUGCAGAUAUCCGCCUCGAUGACACCGGAGAAGCCGAAGGCGUCCUCGGGAGUCACCAGCUCCGGCGGCCGAUUUUCGAUUCAUGAGGGACAUUCAUCGGGAGGUAAAAGUCGUGAAGCCGAGUUUUGA